UUUUCUACCAUUAAUUUUCCUUAAUUUAAAAGCACGGUUCUUUGUUUGGGUUGCUAUUUCCUCUCUUACGUUUGUUCUUGUGAUUUUUGGUGUUAUUUAACUGCAAUAGACUGAUGGGUUACUUCUCCUUCUUUUUUACCGAUCAAUCUCCACUCCUUGGCCUUGUAUAUACCGUGUUACCUUUCUUAAUUCCUUGUGAUCGAAACGUAACCGAGCGAUCGAGGAUUAAGAAAGACCCCAUAAAGAAUUAGGGAUUCAGAGUUCAACUUAGGGGCUUCAACCAAUCUGAUCUGACUAUUUGAGGCUUAAUUCCUUGGACAUCAUUGCUGCGAACAAUUAAUACGUAGCUAAUAUUAUCUAUUGCUUGUCUGAGUGUUUUUUAAAUUUUUGGGUUACUUUAACAUAUAUAAUCUUGGAUGUGCUGGGUUUUUCUUUUCCCGACAAUUCACACGUGUGUAUAUACCAGGCAUUCACGGAUUUGAUUUCUGGCUCGUUUGUUGAUCUAGUUCUUUCUUGUCUAAGAAUCAUCUUAAAGUUGAUUUUAUUUUUCUUUUGCGGUUAACGCGUUUAUUUCGCAACCUUACGGAUCCUUACAAAUUCUCCCAAGUUUAAUCUUGUUAGCGAUUUCUCGCUUGGUUAAAUUUAUCAAGAAGCGAGCUUUCCCCCUGUUCCCCUUUAUAUUGAAUACGUGUCAUUCUGAUUGUUCAUUUUUUUGUACAUGGCGAGGGAUAGAGUAUCAGAUAUGGCAGAAGAUGAGAAAGGAGGGAAUACUUCCGGUAACGGAGCCGACUGGGAAGUCGUAUCUCUCACUGCAUCUGCGUAUGCUGCUGCACCUGGUCCGAAGGCAUUUAGUCCACCUGCUGAGGGGAAAGAAGAGAUAAGUGAGAGCAAAGAGGGUGUCGAUAAAGAGGAGCAGGUUGAUUGUGCUGCAAUGUUCAUGUCUGGUCACUUUACGUUUCCUCCAUACGACCAUAAACACCUUCUGGCAGAGCCAGACUGCAAGGAAAUUCAGGAUGAACAUCUAAUCCCGGCAAAAGAGGAAGUCAGUGGAAAAUCCAUGCCUGAUGAAGAUAUUUGCAAACUAAAAUCUGAUGAUGAUGAUGAUCUGCAUGGAAUUGAGUUCUUUGGUAAGGGAAAGAACCUUUCUGACAACGGCAUGAAGUUUGUAGAAGGAGAGGCAUUGGAAGAACUGGCCAUGGUUGGGAAAGAACAGGAUAUAUAUGUUGAUCCUAACUUCAGUGCUUUCCAUUCUAAAGCUGACACGCUUCAGUCUGUGCUUUGCAACGAGAGUCCUACUAAUGUUGAACACAGUGAUGUUCUCCUCCAUAACCCUGAGUCCCCUUCAGAUGCUUCAAAACCGAAUGAAGAAACUAAACUUCCAUGUGAGGCGUGGUGGAGAAGCCGUGCAAUAUCAGUACUGAAGCAGGCUAAGGAUGGCAACGGUUUUUGGUCUGUAGUAGUGGCUGGUGCAGUUAUGGGUUUUGUUAUCUUGGGACAGCGGUGGCAGAAGGAAACACUGCAGCUUCAGCAACUUAAAUGGUUCACGAUCAGCAACGAGAGUUUGAGCAAGAUGCUUGGACCAAUCAGCCGCUUUAAAGAUAUUUUGGUGGGUGGCCAUCAGCGGAAUCUGUCAAUCAAUGGUGGCACAGCAUCUAACCAUUGAGAUAUUUCAUGGUGAUUACAAAAGGAACUUGUAUUUGACGAUGAUGAAAGAAAUCAAGCUUUAUAUAGUAAUGAGUAAUAAUACGCACUGCGUGAUUUCAGAAAGUGUGUUUUGAUGCUUGUUAGAUACGGUUUGGCGAACUGUGCAUUUGUAUAUAGUUGGGAAUGGCUAGGUGGGAUUUCGAGUGUGGUUGCAGCUUUUGGGUGAGAUCACUGAGAUGGGUUUCUUACCACUAGUACUAGUAGUUGCAGCCAUAUGCAAGGAGUCUGAAUUGGUCUUAAGAAUUUUUAAGUUCACACAGUUGUUUAUUA